AUGGUUGCUCCUGCUUAUUACAAUGAAACAUAUGUUGAUACUACUUUAUCUGCAAAUUUAGACUCAACCUUCGCAUUUGAAGGGCCAGAAAAACUACUUGAAGUGUGGUUUUACGAGUCUGAGCCAUUGCAAGGUGAAGGAUUGCGCGCAAUCCCCUUGGAAAGUUGGGUUGAUGUGUUGGACUUGGUCAAUUGUAAAGUUUUAUCAAUGAAGUCAUCCAAUGAAGUGGAUGCGUAUUUGUUGAGCGAAUCUUCCUUAUUUGUCUUUUCUCACAAGAUCAUCUUGAAGACCUGUGGUACCACCACUACGUUAUCGUGUCUUGAUAAGUUAUUCGAAUUGGUCGAUCAGAAUGUUCAAAAAGGGUACAAGAGUUCCGACGUGGCUAGAAUUUUCUACUCGAGGAGAUCCUUUAUGUUCCCAUUGAAGCAAAAACAUGUUCAUAGAGACUGGAAGAAUGAGGUUAACUUGUUAAGUAAGUUUUUCGAAAAUGGAAAACUGUACGUUGUCGGAGAUUUCACUAGUGACGAUCAUUGGUAUUUGUACAUGGGUGGAAAGAGUAAUCUUAGCUCCACUCCAUCAGAUCAAACCUUCGAAAUCUUAAUGACAGAAUUAGACCAUGAAAGGGCCAAAAACUUUGUCACCACAAGAAGACCUGGUGGAACCUCAUUGGUUCAUGAAAAUGAACAGGAAGACCACGACUUGGGUCACGAUAUGGGGUUAGAAACCAUGGCUAGGACUAAAUUAGAUAGUCUCUUCCUGGAACAUGAAGUUUUCCAUGCCGGUGGAUCGUACUUGCCCUCUCCUUCAUUGUCUGAUAACCUUGAAUAUGACGAAGAUAAGGUAUCAGAUGCUGUUGCUCAAAGGGAUAAGUUUGACUUCAUCCAUGAUGCUUUUUCAUUCACGCCAUGUGGGUAUUCAUCCAACUCGAUCUCAAGUUCUGGUAAUUGCUAUUACACAUUACAUAUUACACCAGAGGCAGGUUGGUCGUACGCAUCGUUUGAGACUAAUUAUCCGUUUCACAAAUCGGACACUGUCACCAUCACCGAUGUUUUGGUCAGAGUAUUAGAGAUUUUCCAACCUGGUAAGUUCUCGGCAACUUUGAUCACGGAUGGUGGAGCUGAAGACGAAGAAGUAUUAGCUAACUAUCACAAAUUAUCCAAUUGUUCGAGCUUGUUGAAAGAGUCUUUCAACUACGAAAAGCAAGAGAGGGUGUUGUAUGACUUAAAGAAUGACUACAAAUUACUCUAUUUGAAUUUUGCCAAGCAGAAUUGA